ACCGGGCAAAGUCCCGAGCGGAAGCGCCUUGAGCGGAAGCGGAAGUGAACUAGGCGGCUGUGGCGGUUGCGGUGGCUGAGGCGGCUGGGCCUAGGGCGCAGCGGGCGCGUUGCGGCUGGUGUUGGCGCAUCUCUAGAUCCUUUCCCGGAGUUCAGUUAUGGGUGUGAGAGGUUUGCAAGGAUUUGUGGGAAGUACCUGUCCACAUAUAUGUACAGUAGUAAAUUUCAAAGAACUGGCAGAGCACCACCGAAGCAAGUAUCCUGGAUGUACCCCUACCAUUGUGGUUGAUGCCAUGUGUUGUCUCAGAUACUGGUAUACUCCAGAGUCUUGGAUCUGCGGUGGCCAGUGGCGAGAAUACUUUUCUGCUUUGCGAGAUUUUGUUAAAACUUUUACGGCGGUUGGGAUCAAGUUGAUAUUCUUCUUUGAUGGCAUGGUGGAGCAGGAUAAGAGAGAUGAAUGGGUGAAACGAAGGCUCAAGAACAAUAGGGAGAUAUCCAGGAUUUUUCAUUACAUCAAGUCACACAAGGAGCAGCCAGGCAGAAAUAUGUUUUUCAUCCCCUCAGGGCUAGCUGUGUUUACACGAUUUGCUCUAAAGACACUGGGCCAGGAAACUUUGUGUUCCUUACAGGAAGCAGAUUAUGAAGUAGCUUCCUAUGGCCUCCAGCAUAAAUGCCUUGGGAUUCUAGGGGAAGACACUGAUUACCUAAUCUAUGACACUUGUCCCUACUUUUCAAUUAGCGAGCUCUGCCUCGAGAGCCUGGACACUGUCAUGCUCUGCAGAGAGAAGCUCUGUGAGAGUCUGGGCCUCCGUGUAGCCGACCUUCCUCUUCUGGCCUGCCUCCUUGGCAAUGACAUCAUCCCAGAGGGCAUGUUUGAAAGCUUUAGGUACAAAUGCUUAUCAUCCUAUACCUCUGUAAAAGAGAACUUUGACAAAAAAGGUAACAUCAUAUUAGCUGUGUCAGACCAUAUAUCGAAAGUUCUUCACUUGUAUCAAGGUGAGAGAAAAUUAGAAGAGUUAUUACCUCUGGGACCAAACAAAGCUCUUUUUUAUAAAGGAAUGGCAUCGUAUCUUUUACCAGGACAGAAAUCUCCAUGGUUUUUCCAAAAACCCAAAGGUGUAAUAACUUUGGACAAACAAGUAAUAUUCAUGAGUUCGGACCCUGAGUCCAGGGAAGAAGUUCCCACGUGUUCAGACCCUGAAUCCAAGCAAGAAGUUCACAUGUGUUCAGACCCUGAACCCAGGCAAGAAGUUCCCAUGUGUACAGGCCCUGAAUCCAGGCAAGAAGUUCCCAUGUGUUCAGACCCUGAACCCAGGCAAGAAGUUCCCAUGUGUACAGGCCCCGAAUCCAGGCAAGAAGUUCCCAUGUGUACAGGCCCUGAAUCCAGGCAAGAAGUUCCCAUGUGUACAGACUCUGAACCCAGGCAAGAAGUUCCCAUGUGUACAGGCCCUCAGUCUGGGCAAGAAGUUUUAAUACGGACAGACCCUGAAUCUAGGCAAGAAAUUUUGUGUACAGGCCAUGAAUCCAAACAGGAACUUCCCAUAUGUACAGAUCCUAUAUCCAAGCAAGAAGACUCCAUGUGUACACACACUGAAAUCAAUCAAAAAUUACCUGUAGCAACAGAUUUUGAAUUUAAGCUAGAAGCUCUCAUGUGUACAAACCCUGAAAUUAAACAAGAAGACCCCACAAAUGUGGGGCCUGAAAUAAAGCAACAAGUAACCAUGGUUUCAGACACAGAAAUCUUAAAGAUUGCUAGAACACAUCACGUCCAAGCAGAAAGCUACCUGGUGUACAACAUCAUGAGCAGUGGAGAGAUUGAAUGCAGCAACACCCUGGAAGAUGAGCUUGACCAGGCCUUACCCAGCCAGGCCUUCAUUUACCGUCCCAUCCGACAGCGAGUCUACUCACUCUUACUGGAGGACUGUCAAGAUGUUGCCAGCACCUGCCCGGCUGUCAAGGAGUGGUUUGUAUAUCCUGGGAACCCACUGAGGCACCCGGACCUCGUCAGGCCACUGCAGAUGACUGUUCCAGGGGGAACGCCUAGUUUGAAAAUAUUAUGGCUGAACCAAGAGCCAGAAAUGCAGGUUCGGCGCUUGGACACACUCCUCGCUUGUUUCAACCUUUCCUCCUCAAGAGAAGAACUGCAGGCUGUCGAAAGCCCGUUUCAAGCUUUGUGCUGCCUCUUGAUCUACCUCUUUGUGCAGGUGGACACUCUUUGCCUGGAGGAUUUGCAUGCGUUUAUUGCACAGGCCUUGUGCCUCCAAGGAAAAUCCACCUCGCAGCUUGUAAACCUACAGCCUGAUUACAUCAACCCCAGAGCAGUGCAGCUGGGCUCCCUUCUCGUCCGCGGCCUCACCACUCUGGUUUUAGUCAACAGCGCGUGUGGCUUCCCCUGGAAGAUGAGUGAUUUCAUGCCCUGGAAUAUAUUUGAUGGGAAGCUUUUUCAUCAGAAGUACUUGCAGUCUGAAAAGGGUUAUGCUGUGGAGGUGCUUUUAGAACAAAAUAGAUCUCGGCUCACCAAAUUCCACAACCUGAAGGCAGUGGUCUGCAAGGCCUGCAUGAAGGAGAACAGACGCAUCACCGGCCGAGCCCACUGGGGCUCACACCAUGCAGGGAGGUGGGGAAGACAGGGCUCCAGCUACCACAGGACGGGCUCUGGGUAUAGCCGUUCCAGUCAGGGGCAGCCGUGGAGAGACCAGGGACCAGGAAGCAGACAGUAUGAGCAUGACCAGUGGAGAAGGUACUAGCCGUCCUCCAGUAAACAGGACUCAGAUAUUGAAUCCUGCUGACCUGGUGCCGAGUUAACUUGGUUUCAAGACACGCUUGCUUCCUCCAGAAAGAGCGUGGAGAGAAAAAGAGGCACACCUGGACGCAGAGCCCUGCCAGCGCCCUCCUCUGCUGUCGCAGCUGCAAGGAGACCAUGCCUGUGGGAGCCGGGCCUCGCUUGCAUGAAGAAGGAAAGAUGCCUUUUCAGCGGUGUCUCCGCCCCUCAUGCAGAAGGGCUUCUCUCCUGAGCUUGUGCCUGAUUCUGUGGCCCAAAACAAUCAUUGUUAAUAUCUUCGUGUAUUUCAUUCUGAUCUUUCAUUCGUAUGUAUGAUGCCUAGCUAAUUUCAUUUUAAAAUAAAUGGGGGUCUGUUGUAUUCUGAUUUUUUAUUAACACCACUAGAUUAUGAGGGAUUGUCUCCUGUUAUUAGAAAGUCAGAAAACACUAUACAGUAGUCCUCCCUUAUCUGCGGGAGAGACAUCCCAAGACCCUCAGUGGAUGCCUAAGACUGUGGAUAGUAUGUGUGGAACCCUACAUAUAUGUAUACACGUGGCUUUUUCCUCUACGUACAUACUGUGGCAAAGCUUAACAAGGAACAGUAAGAGAUUAACAGCAGUCAAUAACUAAUAAAAGUUACGUGAAUGUGGUCUCUCUCAAAAUAUCAUACUGUAAUCACCCUUCUUGCUAUCUGAAAACCAAGACCACCAUUAAGUGACUAAUGGUCAGAGAAGCUGGAUGCGGGGCUGAUUCAUGUCCCGGGCAUGACAGAGCAGGAGGCACGAAGUUUCAUCACAAUACUCACAAUGGCGAGCAAGUUAAAAUGGAUUUCCCAUUUAAUGUUUUCAGACUUGAGUUGACCAUGAGGAACCAAAACCCCAGAAAGUGAAGCUGAGCAUAUUUCAGAAAUUCUUUUCUAAUCAGAAAUUCUAAUCAAACAUAAGUUUCCAACUAUGUGUGCUCUUGGUCCUGAGAAGUGUUUGAACAGAAAAGUAACAACUAACUUCCCACCUUUCUGGUGGAAGAGUUAAUUCUGCCUGGAGGGUUCUGCCUGGGAGACAUGACAGCAUGUGUGUGACUCCUGUGUCUGUUUCUGUGGAGUCAUCCCUUUCAUUUCAUUUUGCCAGGGCCUGGCUCAGGAUUUUCAGUGGCAGUGCCUGUGAGGACAGGCCUGGCCCUCCAUGCAGUCACACAGGAAAUCCACAGAGAACAUGCUGAGAGAAGCCAGCGGCUGUGCUGCCAGCAGGCCUGGUUUAUGAUGCCGCAAGUGAAUGGCACGUUUGUUCCUCUUUAUCUCUGAGCAUUGGAGGCUUUUGUUUUUUUAAAAAAAAUUAAGUUCAGAGUAAUCCUUUUCAUGGAAGAAUCUUCAGGUCAUCCAAGAAUUGAAAUUUUAAGCCCCAGAUUGUACGGAGCUGUACCUGUGGUGAAAGGAAUGGCCAGGGUGUUGAUGAUAGAAAAGAUUCAGAUGAGGAGUUAGAAGGCUAGCCCUCUGUGGGAGGCUGUCUUCCAGAAACCUCGAACUCAUGUCUCUCUCCACCUGAGAAAGGAGAGGAGAAGCUGGUGGUGAUCCCCGGUCCCGCUGGGCCGCGCUGUGGCUCUGAAGAUGCCCAGGGUCCUUAGGAGGUGCUCACUUCUGUCACCUGAAGACACUGCCUUCUGGUUGUUGCUCUUUAAAAACAAAAUAAGCCCCUGAACGUGCUUGCAGGCCUGUUGGUGUGCCUGAACUUGACAAAUUACCUUGACCAACAGGCCAAAGGCACAGAGCUCCAAAGCGUCAUCUUUCCUUAAAAUCCUGAGUGUUGCUAAAAAGGGACACGGCCUCUGGGUAUUUUAUGACAUUUGUAUUUCUUAUAUUUGAAAAACCCUAACCACUCCCUUCAGUUUCUUCUUAAGGACAUUUACAUCUAAUUAUUUUCCAUGCAAGUCUUGUAGGACCAACAUUUUUUCCUAGCUUUGGAAAUAGAUUUUUUUCAUUGCUCUUGUGAGGAUUUCCCUAUGUCAGUAAACAUUAACUUUCUAUUUCUUCCAUCUUUGCUCAUUUGAAACCCCUGCUGCUUCUAGAUCUAUUUCUUUGCACUUGUAUAACUUUGAAAUAAAUUCCUCAUCCCUUGGACUAA